CCUCAUUUCCCUCUCUCGCCCACGCCCUCAUCCGUCGUCCUCUUCGCACGAAGACACUGCCAUUCCUUUCAGAGUCUCUUGCGCUCUAUCCAUUCGUUUCUAAAUCCCCAACGGCGCCGAUUCCUACUGCCUGACGUAGUCUGCGACUCCCUUACGGCCAUACUUCGUCAAAAAACACCUUUUCAAGUUGCCACUUCCGCGUGCGUUCCGAUUGACGACCUCAAUCUUAUCGCCAUGCUUGUCAAGUCCAUCACCGCCAUUGCGGCCCUCACCUUCGCGGCCAAUGUCGCUGCCGAGCCGAUGCCCUACAGGCCCAGCCUGAUGAAGACAUCCGUGCGCGAUCUCUUCGGCCGCCAGGACCCGGGCUACCAGCCCCAGCAGGCCGCCUGCGGUGCCGGCGACACAUGCGCCCAGGCUUGCGGUGCCGGUUACGAGGCCUGCGCUGCCCAGGACAACCAGGUCCACUGCUACAACCCGGCCGCCGGCGAGAUCUGCUGCCCAGACAAGUCUGGCAGCUCUUGCGACGCUGGAUACUACUGCACAGCCGACAAGAAGGGCGAGACGUGGUGCUGCCCGGAAGGCAUGGACCUGAACGCGUGCGCCUCCGCCUACAGCGUGGUCGGUGGUCUGGUCUCGCAGACCGCCCCGCCCACGUCCACGUCCACGUCCACCAGCACCACCUCCACCACCACCUCCACCACCACCACGUCGUCGACCAGCAGCACCUCGUCCGCCGCGCCGACCACGUCCUCGCCAAGCACGACCUCGGCCCCGUCCCUCGCGCCCAGCAGCUCCAUCUUCGUGCCCUCCAACACGACCGCCGUUACGACCAUCGUCCCGCCCAAGCCGUCCGCCACCGCGUCCCCGACGGGCGCCGGCAGCGUCGUCGGCCCGGCGUCUGCGCUGGUCUUCCUCGCCGCCGGCCUUGCUGCGCUUCUCUGAUUUUGAGUAAAAGCUUAUAACGGCACCGUUCCCCGGAGAAGGGGGGGGCCAAUCAAUUUCAACGGCGUUACCUGUGUACAUGAGGGACAACCCCCGCCGAGGGCAUUGCUUUUACGAGGACUUACGAGAUACGACCAGCGAGCGAGUGGUUGAAGAUCUGCUUACCUAACUUGCCGAAACUUACCCUACCUAAUUUACCUCGAACUUUGUGCAGAGCUGGGAUGUUGUGUGUUUCUGAGCCGCAUUUGGUUGUUUGUGUGCUAUGCCAGGGGUUGGGGUGUGUCAGUGGUGUGUGUGUUUGCUCUUUCGCGUGGCUACAUGCGGGCUGUGUCGAUUAUCAUUCGACUUGAUACUCUGCCGAGGCGUGCUCCUCGGGCAUUUUUAUGCGCUUUUUUGUUCUCUUCUGUGUGCCAUUUUUGUUUCUUUCACCUCGGCUUGGCUUCUUGUUCGUAACUUGCGGCGGAGACAGACAACAUGCCAGCUUUGCACAGUUUCGCGGUUCCAAGCUGAAACGUGGCUUUGCGUUGUCGGGCCGUCCCAAGUUAGGGCCCCCUGAUGAUGGACGAUGCGGUGUUUUGGAGCGAUGCAGCGGGAAGUCCAGACGAGAAUUAGCUGCCCAAGGAUGCUUGCGAGCUGGUUCCUGCCGCGGCAA